GACCUGAUUGGUGAAGGAGUCGAAUAUAUUGGAGCUACUACACCACACACAGGCAUUAAACCUCCUCAGCUGACUGGGCCAAACACAAGUAGGCCUGUACUGCCUCCUGGACAGCUUUCAAGAAACUUUUUAAAGGACUAUUUAUAUUUUUAAGAAAGAGAAAAGAUGUCUCUUCAGCCCAGUAUUCUACCCGAUGAAGCGGCCUUUGCUGACUUUAGAAAGCAGUGUUUAUCAGUGGGCAACUGGUUGAGCAAAUAUGAUAAAAAUGGAAUGCAAGUGUGGAUCGAAGUUCCUUCAAGUAAAGCAAAUAAACCACAGAAAGUCCAUAAGAUCAAGUGUAGAAUGACAAUCAAAGAUGUUUCUGCUGCUACCAUGUACGACGUCCUUCAUGACAGCGAGUACCGUAAAACGUGGGAUCCAGCCAUGGAGGAAAGUUUUGACAUUGCCCGGCUGUCUGUGAACGCUGAUGUGGGCUACUACUCAUGGCGUUGUCCAAAACCCAUCAACAACCGGGAUGUUAUCACUCUGAGAUCAUGGCGUGUUAUGGAUGACGAGUACAUUAUCAUGAACUUCUCAGUCAAACACCCGGACCAUCCUCCUCGCAACGACUUUGUGAGGGCCAUUUCCAUCCUCACUGGUUAUUUGAUUAAGCCAACAGGACCAAACAGCUGUUCUUUCAUUUACCUGUCACAGGCUGACCCCAAAGGUUCUCUUCCUAAAUGGGUGGUAAACAAAGCGUCUCAAGCCCUUGCUCCAAAGGUGAUGAACAGUGUACACAAGGCGGGUCAGAAAUACUUGAAGUGGAAGGAAGUGAACUGUCCCAACUAUAAGCCCUGGCUGUUCCCGGAGCAGAGCACCCUCCCUAUGAUGGACCCCAGUUUGUUGUCCAUACAGAGGGCAGAGUCUCUAGAAAAUGUGGACGAGAGCUCAAAGGUGGACGCUCAGGACUGCGAGGACAGCAGCUAAAAUCGCAGCUCGGUGAUCGGAGGAAGGGUGAGGGAGAGAUCGGGGGAUGAACUCUAAAACAAAAUAAGACUUGAGACCCCCAGCUCUUGGUGAUGUUGCCGGAUACUCAUGAAUAUUUAUCGAAACUAGCGUGCCUUUAUGGAUGAGCAAGAGCAUGAAGUGUUUACAGCCGUCGUACCUGACAGAAAUGAGCACAGAUCAAAUUGCCAUUCACCUCAGUCUAUGUUGAACUAAGCUAAACAUCUCUCCAGUGUUUGCUGCCUUGCUUUUUUAUGUUUUUUAGUGUGCAAGCUAGGAGGUGUUGGGGUUUUAAUGUGUCAUAGUUACAGCACUACAUUGAUGAGUCUUCAAUUAAGCCUUUUUAUUUGAAGCUGUUUUAAAUUCAGGAACAAAUCUGAAGUUAAUUUAAGCUUAGAUGAUCAACCUGUCACUUUUUGACAUUUGCAAGUGACUGUGAAUGGAAAUUAUGUCAGCUUUGUCUGUUUUUAGCAUGAAUUCCUAAUGAUAAUGUCAUUGAAAGUGUCUUUAAUGUCACCCAUUCAUUCUGUGUUGAAUGUUUAACCAGAAACUACAAGGACCUGAUUUUGAAAUAUUUGAAAAGUCAAAUUUUAUUUUGAUAAAUCACACUAAUUUGGCUAGUUGCACCGUUAACUUUACAGUUGUUGUUUAAAUGUUCUAGGAUUGUUCAACAGUUUUUGGUAUCAUCUUUAGAUCUGUUUUUAGCUAAGAUCAAGCUGAAUACCCCAUCUCUACCAAAACACUUGCUUUGAGUUUUGAUUCUAAAUGGUUUUGACUUUUGCUUCACAUGGUGGUGAGCUGUAUUUUGUCUUUUAAUGUUUUACACAGGUGAACAGUUUUUGAAGGUCCAUUGUAUUUAUUUAGAUGUCAUUACUGCAGACUAAACCUCCUUAUGUAAAGUUAUUUAGACUUUAUGGCAUUCGAGGACGGUCUCAGAGGUCUGUAUUUGCAUGUAAAAUUUACCUGCAGUUCGCAGAAUAUGCUUUGAACAUCUCUACCUGAAGGAUUGAAAUGACCCUUAAGGAUUUUCUGUAUUUUAUUUAUUUAUUUUAAGUUACUGUACAAUGAUGAUGAAGAAAGACGGUGGAAUGAAGCUCAGCAGACUCAAAGAUGUUUUACCUUCUGAAGAUAUUUGACGUUAAGAAUGUAACUUGGCCUUCACUUUCUAAGAAAAUAAAACCCCACAGGUUUACAUGCUUUGACAUUUGUCCCAGUCAUCUUAUGAGGAAUGCAGUCAACCAGCCUCAAUAGAAACCAAGAUACAAAGAGGAACAAGUUUGGCCACUUGAACCAGAGAAAACCGGUCAAUUUCCAGCCCUGGUUCAAGCUCUCGAAGUACAAAGACAAAGGUUACAAUGGUUCAACACAUUUUAUUUCUUAUUCAACUGUAAAUGUCAGAUUUUUUUUAUUUUAUAAAAAAGCUCAAACACUUAAAGAUCAUUGGGUUCAUGAAAUGAAAAACCAAAAUGUCAUGGUUUUAUGGAAAAUUAAAGAACAAGACAUGUAACAUCAAAAGGACACCAGGUAUUCUGGCAUAAUGUGGUUAAUAUUCAUAAGUAUUCAGCAGUUUUCUAUAAAAUGCACAAGGGUACUCUGAAUUCAAAGAUAAAAUAUCAUAUUUUCAAAAGCACCUGUCAGAGUCUUGAGCUGGAAAAAUCCAGCUAACAUCAGGGUGUCCAGUGCAAACAGAUAAACACUCCUUUUCCAGCUCUACGUCUAUAAUGAGCUACAGGGCACAGCCUGCCGUUAUCAUACACUUUAAUAGCAUGUUAGGAUGUUUAACAGUUUGGCACCUGAAAGAUGCGGAUUACACUCUCAAUAACUAAAAUAUCAGUCAGCCUAGGUGUAGUUAUAAACAAACUUGUGUAAAACAUUAUUUAAUUCAUGUGUUAGUCUACCAGCUGUUACUGAAAUAUACAUCUACAUGUCAAAUGUCCUGCACAUUUAAUAUUCUUUAAAUAUAUAAAAGUGGAUAUGCCACAUAUAUUCACAGUGAUAUCUUGGUCAGUUAUACUCUGAAUUUACCAGAAGUCUUGCACUCUUAGUCCCUCUUACGUCAUACUUCUGUACCGUUCAGUAUGUUUCAGUCAGUACGUUUACAUGCACAGUUAAGUCAAACAUUAGGCAAUAUAAGUGAACUACUGUUCUUGCGGGAGUAUGCAUGCACAGCAGGAGCAACAUCUGUCAAUAUCUUUGCCAUGAUGGCUGGCACUACGUCCUCUUUCAGCAAGUUACUAUAGACUGUCUUCCAGUUGACCUUGGUAAUGGGUUAGCUAGUGGCUAACGGGUUAGCAUGGAUAAAAUGUACAGCUCUUUACAGUUCAUAAACACUCUACGCUUCACUUGUGGUGCAAAUGAGAUAAAUUAGGAAUGCAUGAUAUCAGUACAGUGUUGUAUUGGCAGAUAAAAGCUUGAAAAGUAAAUAAUUGGUAUCAGCAGAUCUGAACAAAUUCUGCUGGUAUUUACAACUGUUAUUUUGGCUAUAAAAAUCAGCCUAUACCAGCUGUAAAUAUUUCCUGUAUGAACAAAUAAAAUAGUGGAGUUUUAGGUCAGACCAACAGACCUACGUCAGCUGAAGUCUUUUCUUUAUCUAUCACU